GCGAGUCCGCAAGCAGCCAGCCCAGCAGGGAUAGCUACAGUAGCUCGAAUCAUUUAUGCCUAUAAGAAACAAGGAGAGGCACUGAGGCAGUAUUGUUUCGUACAGUACUCAGUAACCAGUAAUCUCUUUCAGGUGACUCUUAGCUCAAUUAUAUUGAAACGGAAAAGGAACGCUGCACUCUGUCUGAGAUCUUUGUAAUUACGAGCACCACCGAAAAUGGAUACAGCCGGAGGGAAUCCUCAAGAUGUUGUCGUGCCGCCAGUUGAAGGUGUUGCUGGUGGAGGAACAGCGUAUGGAUGGAACGAUGGAGGCUUGCAUGGUUCAAAUCCACUGAGGGGAUCAAUUGACCCCUCAGAGGUUCCAACUGCUGAUUUGGUGCAUGUGUGGUGCAUGCCAAGUACUGCGAAUGUUGGAUCACAAGAGAUGCCUAGACAUUUGGAGCCUGUAAAUCUCCUUGCUGCUAGGAAUGAGAGAGAAAGUGUUCAAAUUGCUAUACGCCCAAAAGUUUCUUGGAGUAGUUCUGGUAAUGCAGGUAUUGUGCAGGUUCAAUGUACUGACUUAACCUCCACAUCUGGUGAUCGGUUAGUUGUUGGACAAUCAGUGGCAUUAAGAAGAGUAGUUCCGAUAUUAGGUGUUCCAGAUGCUCUUGUGCCUUUUGAACAUCCAGUUGGUCAGCUAAACCUGCUUCCUGGAGAAACAAGUGCAGUUUGGGUUUCAAUAGAUGUUCCAAGUGUACAACCUCCAGGUCAAUACGAAGGGGAGUUUGUCAUUACUGCUAUAAAAUCCGAGGCAGAUAGGUAUAGAUCACAGUGCUUGAGCAAAGCUGAGAAAUAUCGACUAUACAUGGAACUCAGGAACUGUCUUGACACGGUGGAGCCUAUUGAAGGAAAAUCAUUGAAUGAAGUGGUAGAAAGUGUGAAAUCUGCAACUUCAUCUUUGAGAAGAGUUCUUCUGUCUCCCUCCUUUUCUGAGUUUGUUUCAGAUAACGGGCCAGUCGAUGUGAUGGAUGAAGAUGCUAUUUCAAGCCUCUCAGUUCGUAUAAAGCUAAAUUUAACCGUGUGGGACUUUAUACUUCCUGCAACUCCGUCGCUUCCUGCUGUAUUUGGAAUAUCAGAUACUGUAAUUGAGGAUCGUUUUGGUGUUGAACAUGGAAGUGAUGAAUGGUAUGAAGCCUUGGAUCAGCAUUUCAAGUGGCUUCUCCAGUUUAGAAUCAGUCCAUACUUUUGCAGAUGGGGAGAUAGCAUGCGUGUUUUGACAUACACCUGUCCAUGGCCAGCUGAUCAUCCGAAAUCAGACGAAUUUUUGUCAGACUCAAGAUUGGCAGCAUAUGCUGUACCAUACAUUCGAGCAGUCUCCGGUAAUGAUGCAGCGAAGGAUUACUUGCAGAAAGAGAUUGAGUUAUUGAGGACAAAAUCUCAUUGGAAGAAAGCCUAUUUUUACUUAUGGGAUGAGCCUCUAAAUUUGGAGCAAUAUGAUUCAGUCCGCAACAUGGCAAGCGAGAUCCAUGCUUACGCUCCUGAUGCCCGUGUUUUAACUACUUAUUACUGUGGCCCAAGUGAUGCGCCACUUGCUCCAACCCCGUUUGAGGCUUUUGUAAAAGUUCCAAAAUUCUUACGCCCUCACACUCAAAUUUAUUGUACAAGUGAAUGGGUGCUUGGUAAUCGAGAAGAUCUGGUCAAGGAUAUUAUCUCUGAAUUGCAACCAGAGAACGGCGAGGAAUGGUGGACAUAUGUGUGCAUGGGACCCUCUGAUCCUCACCCUAAUUGGCAUCUUGGAAUGCGAGGUACUCAGCACCGUGCUGUGAUGUGGCGUGUAUGGAAAGAAGGCGGGACUGGAUUUUUAUACUGGGGUGCCAACUGCUACGAGAAGGCUACAGUUCCUAGUGCAGAGAUCAGAUUUAGGCGUGGCUUACCCCCAGGUGAUGGGGUUCUAUUCUAUCCUGGCGAGGUUUUCUCAUCUUCCCAUCAACCUGUUGCUUCACUUAGACUAGAGCGCAUUCUCAGUGGCUUGCAGGACAUUGAGUACCUGAAGCUCUAUACUUCAAGAUAUGGAAGAGAUGAAGGGCUUGCUCUGUUAGAGAAGACAGGUGUAUAUCUAGGUCCCGAACGUUACACUGUGGAGCACAUGCCAAUUGAUGUUAUGCGGGGUGAGAUUUUCAACACAUGCCGACGACCAUGAAUAAUUAGUUACCUUCUCAUUGAUUCACUUGGUUUUGUAGUUGUAUGUUCAUGCAUAGAAACUUUUUACUGAAAAGAGAUAGGUUCAUGUUCAUGUAAUACUUCAGUGAGGCAAAGUAAAUGAGAAAAAAUGAUGGUAUUUUCCGAGACUAUGCACUUGUACAUCUGGGAUUUUGCGCUUCUUAUGUGUUCAGGUUACACUCCUUUAGAAUUCCCUUCUUAUAUAAUGUUUUUGUAUGUCGAA